AUGGACAGCUCCGUAGCCAAGAAGCCGCCGAGGCGCCAAGAGGGCCGCAUCAUCCUGCAGUUUGACUACGACUGCUUCUACGCUCAGGUCGCCGAGCACAAGGACCCAGCUCUCAAGUCAAAGCCGGUGGGCAUCAAGCAGAAGAACAUCCUGGCCACGUGCAACUACAACGCCCGUCGCCGCAAUGUUAGAAAGCUCAUGCUCGUCUCGGAGGCAAAGAGGAUAUGCCCGGACCUCGUGCUCGUUGACGGCGAGGACUUGACGCCGUUUCGGGACAUUAGCAAGAUUCUCUUCAACUUCCUCCGGUCUCACUCCUGGAACGGCAAAGCUGAACGGCUAGGUUUCGACGAGGUCUUCCUAGAUGUGACGGACAUCAUUGACUACAACUUGACCUGUCUCAACCGGAGCUCAAUGGCCGACUCGUUCUUUUACCUGUCCAAGAAAGACCCCGAAUCGGGCUUCCCAUGCGACUUAUCCUCCAUUGCAGGCUGCGUUGUCGGUGUCACCCUUGAUGACGUGGAUCCGGAGAGUCCCAUCUACCUGAGGCAUCUCUUGGGCUCCCACCUUGCCCAGUACUUGCGACUUAGGCUGGAGCAGGAUUUUGGCUACACAUCAACUUGUGGCAUCUCGACGAAUAAGCUCCUAAGCAAGCUUGUUGGCAGCAAGAACAAGCCGCGGAAUCAGACAACGUUGCUUGCAUUUACUGACGAUGAUAUCAUCGGUUUCGUCGACGGACACAAGCUGCGCACCAUACCAGGAAUGGGCUCCAAGAUCACGCACCUGCUAGAGUCUCACAUCAUGGCCCGGGAGAUUGACAAGGACUCGGGCCCCUUUGACUCUUUAGUGACGGCAAGAGAAGCCCGUCUCCAUCCAAACAUUUCACCUUCAUUUAUGGAGUCCCUCUUGGGCGGACCGGGCGCCGAAAGAGGCAUUGGAGCUAGAGUCUGGGGUUUCCUUCAUGGCGUGGAUCCCACCGAAGUCAAAGAAACCAACACUGUGCCGACGCAAAUCAGCAUCGAAGACACGUAUAAGGGCCUUGACACAGUACCCAGGAUAACAGAAGAGCUCCACAAGCUGUCGUGCUCCCUUAUCCGGAGAUUGAGGGUAGACCUGGUUGUGUCGGACAGCGGUUCUGAUCUCCCAGGCAGUCGCAAGUGGGUUGCAAGGCCAAGGACGCUUCGUCUCUCGAUUCGAUCGUGGCCUAAGUCGGAUGCUUCCCAGUCCCAGAGCUUCAGUCGUGUAUCGCGCUCGGGGUCGUUGCCAAAUUUUGUGUUUGAUCUCAAGGCUGACAUUGAUGAGAUCGCCCAGCAGCUAGUGGCGGAAGCGUUGUUGCCCUUGCUUCGCCGUCUGCAAAACGAAAAGGGUCAAACGUGGAAUCUGCAGCUCAUUAACAUCUGCGCCGCAAACAUAGUCACCGGAGCUACCGAUGACAGGACGGGAGCGGGACGGGACAUUGCAGUCAUGUUUAAGAGGCAGGAUGAAGUGCUUGCGCCAUGGAGAGUCGCAUCUGACGCUACGGACGAGAUUGCUCAAGAGGCAGACAUUGAACAGGAAGGCUCCGUGCCUGAAGAUCUGGACUCUGACAUCUCCUGGGAGGCCACGGAUCAUUCCGCUUGCACGACCUGCGGCCAUUCCAUACCAUCGUUUGCCCUGUCCGCCCAUUUGCGAUACCAUGAGCUAGGAGAAUGA